AUGAAGCCGUCGAUUUUGUUGCUGUUUUUCAUCUGCUAUGUAAGCAGCGCAAAGCUAGACGUUGCAAGCACAAAUAAUGUAAAUUGUGAAAAUAGUAAAGUAACCAAUGCAGAGUUCCCAUUGCCAGCAAGAAACAGCGAAGCUUUCGGCCUACACAUACUUUGUUUACUCAAAGAGAAUGACAUCAUUUCUAGGGAUGGAAAAAUCCAGAAGGAAGUGGUUAGGGUCAAGGCUGUCAACUUUAUUGGCGUAGGGUCAGAAGAUGUUGAGAAAGCUGUAGAGUGUUCCAUUCAGAAGGACAAUGAAAAAGAUACUGCCAUUUAUUUCUUUGAUUGUGUAAAUCCACUGGUGGAAAAGAAUGGUCCUUCUAAAACUUCAGCCUCAACACUCCCGAGGCAUUAGAAGUACCACCUACACUUAGACGUGUGAAAGAGUUUAUGCAGCUUAAUAGUAACUUUUUGGAUUUCGAAAUUUCAGAAAUAUUCCAGUUAUUACUGGAUGUUCAUGUUUGAAUGUCAAUUACUGAAUCAUACUACAAAUACAUUUUUGC